CGAAAACGUGAUGCGGACGUGUUAACCCAGUCUAAUUCAGUCAUACAUUUUUUUCUUUUUCCUGGAACACCGGCCAGUUUAGAGGAUCAUGUCACUAGUGGAGAAAAGAAAACCUUUUGCGUGGUUAAUAUGGUCAUUUAUCACUUGUUUUUAUCUUUCGUGGUGCAACACACUACUUGUGAUUGUGACUACAUCUUGUGAUUAUUUAUUGUUCAACAGUCAAAAAUGCUGAUAAACCAGUGCGACAAGAAGCUCAUUGGUCACAGAGAAAGCCAAACGAGCGCUUCCUUGUUACGGUUUCCUACGCAUCAAACUCCACAAACUUGCGCGCACGCGUAAUUUCACUAAGAAAAACAUUGUAAUGUGUCAGCGACACGCAGCACGCGUUAAGAGAACUCAUUUUGAAUUGGCUCUAAAUUUAAUCAUAGGCAUAAAUAUUGACGCUCUUGACAUGAUCUUCGUGCUCGACAUUGAAAAAUCUGAAUUUGAUGUUGAGAACUUGACAUGUAUUUUGCUGUCUUCCUUGCCGCGGCUGUGCAAAUACAUAGCGUGACGCCUGCUCUUCACACGCUCAGUUAUUUCACGACAACGUCCACACAAGUUCUGAAUGUGCCGGAAUACUGGGAGGUCGCUUAUGUCGACGGCGUUCAGAUUUUGCACUAUGAUAGUAACAGCAGGAAAAUAAAAGUGAAACAACAGUGGGUGACCAAAGUAUCAGCAGAUGACCCGGACCACUGGGAUACCGAGUUGGUCGUCAGUGCAAGUAAUGCGCAGGUCUCCAAAGACAACCUUGAAAUUGCGAAAAAGCGCUUCAACCAAACUGGAGGUGUUCACAGUUUUCAGGUGAUGUACGGCUGUGAAUGGAAUGAUGAGACUGGUGAGGUUGAUGGUUGGGAGCACAUCCGUUACGAUGGAGUAGACUUCCUAUCAUUUGAGGCGAAGUCAAUGACAUGGAUCGCAGCACACCCACAAGCUUUCAUGACCAAAAUCAAGUGGGACCAAAUAGACGGGUUCAAUGCACACCGAAAGAUUGUCCUUACUGAGAUGUGUCCUUUCUUGUUGAAGAAGUAUGUGAGCAACGGGAAGGACUUCCUGACGAGAACAGAGCUUCCCAAGGUGUGUCUCCUGCAGAAGACACCUUCCUCUAGUGUCACCUGCCACGCGACUGGUUUCUACCCCAGCACCGCGUCCCUCUUUUGGAGGAAGGACGGUGAGGAGAUCCACGAGGAUGUGGAGAAGGGGGAGACCCUCCCCAACCACGACGGAACCUUCCAGACCUCAGCCCACCUGAAAGUGGAGGUGACGCCCGCCACGGAGGGCGAGUACGAGUGCGUGUUCCAGCUAGCUGGUGUCCAGGAAGCCAUCGUCACCAAGCUGGACGCCAGAUGCAUCCUGAGCAAUGCGCGCAUCCAGAAAGAGCAAGACAAGAAGAAGGCGGUAGCCAUCGCUGUCCCAUUGGUGGUCCUCACUCUGAUGGCGAUGGUGGUAGCGGUCUUUGCCAAGCGUUUCAAAACCAAACAACACGAAUAUGCUCAAGCUUCCAUCACCCCAAAUUCUAAGGCUUAAGCGCUUUUCCAAGUGAGACACAACAGCCGUCACACGGUGUCAAAUCACAUGGCAAGAUGUCACCCUCGGAGUUUGCUACUGAUUACGCUUGGAGUUGAAAACAGGGAUCUUAUCCUUUCUCCACAUGGGUCAUUUGGGUUAUAUUUUUGUAAUGUUACAAUUUUUCCCCUGGUUUUGGUGUAUUUGGUUAGAUUUGAUGGGUUAAUCGCAUUGAUCUUUGUGUCGGGCUGGAUUGUAUGUGUUUUGCCCUCAGAAUUGUUUUUCAUGAUGUUAGAAUUGUUUGUGUACUUAAAACAGAUGUAUUUAAUCUAUACUUUAUGCUAAGAAAAGUUUCCCAUGUAAGGAAGCAUACACAAUGGUCAUUUGUCGUUUGGAAGCAAACCGGAUAUGUAUUUUGAAAUGCACCGGAAGCCGCGCAUGUUUCUGUUGAAGCGACUUGACAACUGAUGAGUUUGAGAGACGUUAGCGUUACUCACGUCAUCUAAGCCAGUGGUCCCCAACCACCGGGCCGCGGACCGGUCCGUGGGUCACUUUGGUACCGGGCCGCCAAGCCGCACAGAAAAAAAAAAAAAAAAAAAGAUCGGCGAUCAAUUAAUUCAGGUCAAGACACUCGUCCCGGUCACGUGACAUGUUUCCCCAGUCGAGCCCGCAAAGCUAAUAUGUGGUGACAGGCUAACUAACCAGGCAUUCAGAACUGCUUCAACACAUGGAGACCAAGCAUCCUACAAUAAAAGACAAACCUUAAUCACUUCACGACACGGAUUAUAAAAUGCUAUGUUUGUAUUCAUUUUGUAAAUUCAACUCAGAUUAAAUCAAUGUUAACUUGGCCACAUGGCAGCAGUAGCCUACAGACAUACAGCAAUGCAUGGAGAUGUCCCUCAGCGGACAAAGUAAUAAUAAUGAUACUUUUCAGAGGUUAAAGAAAUCUUAAUAUCUGUUGACGUGUUACUCCACCGUUUGUUUUAUGUCCAUUCCUAAGAUUGUUUGUUAGCAUUAUGCUGUUAGAAAGCUGUUCCCGGGUGUGACACUGCUGCUGCUCCCUUCGGGGCUGGGUUAAAUGCAGAGCCAAAUUUCACCACACCCAGAUAUGUGUGUGACAAUCAUUGGGUCUUUACCUUUUUAAAUACACAACGUUGCUUUGUUUGUUGGAAAGUGAACUUGAUCAAUUUGCAGUUUAAUGUCUAUUUUUUGAAGCAAUUUUCACUGCUGCUUGUAUUAAAGUGCUGUUGGAUUGAA